AUGAUUCCUGUUUCGGAAUUAUUUCGCGACAGACACGAAAUAGGGGGUGACAGAAGGAACAGUCUCAUCCUACUUCCGGAGAGACGAGGUCGAGGCAUCUCGUGCGGAAAAACCGAACGACGGGGUCAGACGGCCGGGUUCAGUGACACGGAGAGAAUUUGCUUUUCCGCGGGGGUGGAAAGUGGAAGAACAGAGACAGAGAUUGAGGGCCUUCCGUCUGCAAAAGUAGCCGAGAUAAAGAGAAUAUCCAAGACAAAAAGCAAGUGGAAAGGAGCACGGAAGAGAGGAAGAAAAGGGAGAAAGAGAACCUUGGCCCACAGGCCUACUGCAGCGUUGCAGCUUGCUUGCAAUGUGCCUCCACUGCUCUGCCAUUCAUGUGGGAAACACCCUAG